ACACUUCCAAUUUUGGAUUUUGUUGAUUGCUCUGGCUUAUACCUCUAUUACAGCUUUAUUUUACAGAAUUUUCAGUUUCACGGCAAAUCAUCUAAGGACAAACCAAGUUCAUUUUCAUUAUUCAGGAAUGUCUUUUGAUCUACCUAAAAUCUAUUCCCUUGUGUAAGAACUAUUCGAAAUAACCAUUAAAUACAGAGCUGCAGUGUGAUAUAAAUAAAGCAACAGGUACGCUCGCCGAUAUUAGUACAGACGGCCGUGUACAGAUUAUUUGUGAAUUGUAACGGCUGUGAAUUUGUUAGUGAUGCGGUGUUCUUUACAGAGGCGGCGGUAGAGAUCAUUUGAGUCUCGCGUCCUGCGCGUAGUAUUUCUCAAUCUUUGAUAUUCGCCCCAGAGAUAUGAAAUAUUUUCAGAUGAUUCUGUUCGUGUUUACAUUUACAACCCGGCCCUUGGGUGAUCGCUAGAAAAUGAGCUUGGUUAGGAGUAGGCAAUGGUGCAAUGUCGCGUAUAACUUUAGCUUUGCGCAUGGUUUAUGUGGACAAAAAACUGUAUCUCGACGGCACUCAGUUUCUGCUGGUUCAGGAAGCACGGAGGAAGACAGUCGUGAGGAAAAGAACGUGAAAUUAAGUGGUUUUGCAAAAGCAUUCGCAAAGUAUACUGCAGAAGAUUCUCCUGCAGCUCAAGAAGAACUUACAUUUCCUGCAUUGUUGAGAAAUUCAAAGUUUAUUGACUUAGGCGAUCCUGUGGGCAAAGUUGUAGAAGGUACCAUAUUUCACGUUGUUGACGAUGAUUUAUACGUAGACUUCGGCUGGAAAUUUCAUUGCGUAUGCCAGCGUCCACCAAGGAAUGGGAGUGAUUAUGUUCGGGGAGCCAGAGUGCGAAUUCGAAUUAAGGACUUGGAGUUAUCAAGUAAAUUUUUAGGAUCAUCUCGUGACUUGACACUGCUUGAAGCAGAUGCAACAUUAAUGGGAAUUAUAUCAUCACCAGCUAGAACUUCAGUGAAAUAGUGAUACCUUUCGGGUGACAAAAAUUGUUACAAUUUUGUAAAUAUGCGAUGUUUUCCAUUUAGCUUAGAUGAACUCUCUCCCACUUUCUCUAAGUUGAAUUUUGUGUGUGUGUGUGUGUGGGGGGGGGGGGGGGGGCACUUUAUUUUAAAAUAUUUGCUACAAGCAAAUGACAUUUUAGAAAAAAAAAAAAACAUUAUUUAUUAUAUUGAAGGUUUUUUCCCUGAAUAAUCUUCUUUAGUGAGAAUCAUAACAACUUGUUUGUAAUGGUGUCAGUAAUAAUGUUCUCACAGAGCAGUAAAUAUAAAUGUGAACUAUACUAUUGAAA